AUGGAGAUGGCCGAAUUUGGAAGUGAAGAUAAUAUACCAAAGCGUAACCCUUAUCUAGAUGCUACAAUCCGACAAUAUCCACCAUUAUCAACGGCACGAAACGAUUAUGACCUCCCACCACCAUACAGUGAAAUGCUUGGACAAUCAAAAAUUCACGAAUUACGACGUAAUGCAAGUUGGCAAGCCUACAAAGAAGGUCAAAAAUUCAAUCGGGAUAAUCCACCAUUUGAAAUUUUACCACCUGACGAUCAUAUUGAAUACAUAGUAACGUCAGGUGGACCGAAGGCAUGGAGGAUUUUACUAGAAGAAAGCAUCCGGCAUAAUAACCUUGCUAACGUUUUAGAAAAUGGACUCGUCGUACAAUUUAAUGGAAAGUCUGAUAAAAUGGUGCAAACAAACUAUCCCUUUUUUAGGCCAUAUGAAGGUGUUGUCAGCAUGACCGACUACGGAGGAAAACCUUAUAGCGAGAAGUGGGGCAAGGUUGGUGAUGUUCUUGGGUGUGGUUAUUAUCCCCAGACCGGAAUUGUGUUCUUCACCAAGAACGGGCAAAGGUUGGAUAAUGCAUAUAUGGGGAUGAAGCACGUGUGGUUUCCGACGGUUGGUGUCGAAGACGAGCACAAGAUUGAGUUUAACUUUGGUGGUGGCGAAAAAGAAUUUCAAUAUGAAGAAGCCAGAGGAACUAGUGCCGCAGUUAACAAUUUAUGUUAG